AGGAGGGGCUGAACUCUGUCUUCGGGCCAGAGAGCCGGGAGCGUCGCUGCAGGGCGGCGGAGUCAGAGGGGCAGAUCGAGGAGGAGAGAGCGGAGCUGCGGGCACCCUGCGCAGGGACGGGGAGCCGCGUCUGGGCGCCGGGCUGCCGGGCAGGGGAGCUCGGCCCGGGGGAGCAGCGGGAGAGGCCGAGCUGUCCCAGAGCCGCCAGCCCCUUGCGGGGUCCCGCAUGGCCCGGCUCUGAGGGGCUGCGGUCGGGAGGAGCCCGGACGGGACGGGAGUCCAGGGCGAUGCUGCGCCUGCUGGAAGCCGAGCUGCUCUUCGCUUCCCUGCUCUCCGGACCCUUCCCGCCGCUCUCCGGGGAUCAGAAGAGCAAAUCUUGUCCCGAGAAUAAAAUCCUGACCAUGGAAUACUCCUGUACAGGAGCAGGUGGGACGCCGGCCACAUGCUUACGGAGGAAGUGCUGUGAGGGCUAUAGGUUUGUGAUGGGCCAGUGUAUCCCGGAAAGCGCGGAUGUGUGCGCCGACUUCCCGUGCGAGCAGCAGUGCACGGACAACUUUGGUCGCGUCCUGUGCACGUGCUUCCCCGGCUAUCGCUUUGACAGAGAGCGCCACAAGACUCACCUGCACCCUUACUGCCUCGACAUCGAUGAGUGUGUGGAAAGCGGAGGUGCCGUCUGCGACCAGCUGUGUACGAACACCCCAGGCAGCUACCGGUGCCAUUGCCAGCUUGGCUAUUACAUAGCGUCUGACGGGACAACCUGUCUGAAAUCCAGCAACGGCACCACAGUGGUCAAGUCGGAGACCCUGAUGGGCACCAGGUCCUGCUCCGUCACCUGCGAGGAGUUCACCAGCAUGAAACAGACAGUCUCCCAGCUGAGACAGAAGCUGCUGCUUCCCGUCUUGGAUAACAAGAGCAGGAAGUCCUGGAUGAGGAUUAACCGCAAACCAGCAGACUUCUCACACCGUCCUCCUGCCCUAGGGCCCCCAGGCCCCCCGGGGCCUCCAGGGGACCCGGGAGCAACAGGUGAGAAAGGGAGUCCAGGGGCAGUUGGACCUCCAGGGCCUCCAGGAACCCCAGGGCCCCGUGGGGACAUGGGACCAAUGGGACCGUAUCCUGACUUUGCGCAUAUCAAAAUCGGACAAAGGGGACCAGUGGGCGCUCCUGGGGCACCGGGAAGGAAUGGCCAGAAGGGCAAACGAGGAUACCCCGGUCCCCGAGGGCCACCGGGCCCUCCGGGCUCCUUUGACUUCCUGCUCCUGAUGAUGGCCGACAUCAGGAAUGACAUCCGUGAACUACAGGAGAAAGUGUUUGGCCAUCACCGGAGGAUGGAGUUUGAGACGCCGUCUGCCGACAGCAGGGACUCUGAGGUGCAUGAAUGGGGAUCCGGCCAGGAGGAGCUGCUGCGGGGGCCUAGACCCGCGCGCUCAGCCACAUGACCAGGUGGCAGACACCUGCUCCCCUGCAGCUGGACGCAGGAAUCGCCCACACUCCAGAGAUGUUGCUUGGACACAAGAUGCUCCAGAGAUGUUCCGUGGUUGCUGGACACUGCAGCUGAUUCGUCCCCUCGGGCCAAUUUGAGCCGGCCAUCACAGUCGCUGUCCAGAGCAGGGAGUCUAUUUAUUAUGAGUGUUAAAUGUUAUAUUUUUACACUAGAAAGAAUGGAAAAGGGGUAUUUUUAUAAAGGUACUUUUCUGUCUCUUUGAAGAAGAUGGGACAUUCUCUAGAUGCAGGGAGGAAGCCCUGGAUUUGCUUCUCCACAGCAGCUCAGCCUCUGCCAGCAGUUUAUAUCCAGGGGAAAUGUAGGGCAAAUGAGCUGGAAGGAAGGAGUAAAACACCGAGGGCCUGAUUCUCUUCUCACUCCAGUUUUACACCAGGGUCACUGUGUUGAUUUCCCUGAGGUUGCUCCCGGUUUACGCUAGUGUGAGUGGAAAAUCAGGUGUGGAUAAUCUCAGAUCCCUGCUGAUGUGUCCAAGGAAGAAUUCUUUACUGGCUUCAGAUCUGACCCUCUGUGUAACCUUGCUCCAGAAAGCUCAGUGUAACACCUAUUCUGUAUGAUGCUCUGGCCCUUGCUCGUGAUGGCAGAUUGAUGAGGCUGCUACGGCUGGGUCUUGUAGCUCAGACAACAGAAGCUUAUGGUUUCAGAUCCCCACUGCCAAUAACCCGCAUGGUAGAAAGAGAGAGACAGAACACUAAAGGCCAUUAAUAAAAGCUCACUGUGCAUGCAGGGCCCUCCUUGCCUGGGGAGAUGGUGUCACUCUUAGCCCUGGGCUUUCAUCCUAAGGAACUGUGAACCCAGGUUACGUCCAGAAAUACUAAGGGCCAAAUGCAGCUGUGAAUCUAAGCUGCUGUCAUUUUUGCACCUCUCCUCUUGUAAAUGACACGAAUUUGGUCUGGCAUGCCUUUACCCUCACUUCUGACUUUGGUCUCUGUAACAGGAGAGACGGCAAUGCAAAUAACUGCAAACAGAGGAAAGUGAACAGGUUCCUUCUCCAGUCUCUGGACCUGGGGAGAAUGUCAUCAGAACAUGAGCAAGGGAAUGAGCCCCCCAUACUCUCUAAUAAAGGCCUGCUAAUGGGUUGCAGUCUAAGCGAAUUCAGGGGUUCCAGAGAACUCCAUAGACAAAACUCUCCAGUAGGUGGCAGCUGGUGUUUUGAAAUCCACCCUCAAUUUUAGCACAGAGGCACUGGAGACAUGAACGCCUGUAAUUUCUGCAUAAGCAAAACUCUUGUCAGGCUGCACUGGCUCCUACAGAGCAAAGGCAUGUGAAGGAAACCGUAGUGCACUCAUUAUGUGCAAACAGGAGUCUAGGCUCCUACACAAACACACUGCUGCUCUAAGAGGGACGGAGGCUGCCUUAAGAUGUGUUCUGCUAAGGAUCUGUUAUGCCUCUAACAGAGGAGUAGAGAAGCCAGUGGUGAGCUUGGCCGGCGAGUGAGGAGUGCGGUGGAGUAAGUGGCAAAAGCCCAACUCUCACACUACGUCUACACUGUUAUUCUCAAUAGCACCAAAAGGGGCCAAAUGAGAUCCGGGCUUCUUCAUGCUAAGUGCUGCAUAAUCACAGAGAUACAGCCUGUACCUUGAGAGCUUCCCAGCUGCAGAGAAAUGCAACUGCGAGGGGAACCAAGGGGAGGGCGUGACUGUCCAACCACCACGCAGCAGAGCUGGGACUGCAACCCACUUCUACCGAUGCCUAACGUGGUCUCCUAGCCACUGGACUGUGCUGCCUCCCAGUGGGAUUUCAUCCACUAGUGCACUGUAGCUGCAAAACCCUACCAUAGACGCUGUUUAUACCAGUGCAGUGUGGCUGCAGGAGGGGAUUGCACUGAGCCAGCUAUGUUGGUGUAAUUAAACAGGGGGCUAAAAAUCCUACUGUAGGCCUGGUUUUAGGGUACAGAUGGAAUUUCCUGGAAAGUUGAAAAUAAAUGCAUUUAAUAGGUUAGGAGUUUAAAAUUGUGGGUCAGAGCCUCAGAUGGUGUGAACAGAAGACAAUGGAGCUCUGCUGAGUCCUAUGGCUCUGUCUAUCCAAGGCUUAAAUGGUCCUUAUCCAUCUUAAUUUCUUUCCCUGGUUUUAUCUCUCCUCAAUACUAUUACGGCCCCCCAUUACUUGGGCACUUCACAGUCUGUAAUGUAUUCAUCCUAACACCACCCCAUGAGGCUGGGCAGUGCUGUCAUCCCUUUUGUACAGCUGGAGAAACUGAAGCAGACAGGCUAAGGACGUGUUGUCACUGGAGCGUUAACUCAGGCUCUGACUCUGGCACUUAGGACGGAAGAAUCCCAUGCACUGGUACAGGCUGGGGACCGACUGGCAAAGCAGCAGUUCUGCAGAAAAGGACCUGGGGAUUACAGUGGACGAGAAGCUGGAUAUGAGUCAGCAGAGUGCCCUUGCUGCCAGGAAGGCCAAUGGCAUUUUGGGCUGUAUUAGUAGGAGCGUUGCCAGCAGAUCGAGGGAAGUGAUUAUUCCCCUCUAUUCGGCACUGGUGAGGCCACACCUGGAGUAUUGUAUCCAGUUUUGGUCCCCCCACUACAGAAGGGAUGUGGACAAAUUGGAGAGAGUCCAGCGGAGGGCAGUGAAAAUGAUUAGGGGGCUGGGUCACAUGACUUAUGAGGAGAGGCUGAGGGAACUGGGCUUAUUUAGUCUGCAGAAGAGGAGGGUGGGGGGGAAUUUGAUAGCAGCCUUCUACUACCUGAAGGGCGGUUCCAAAGAGGAUGGAGCUCGGCUGUUCUCAGUGGUGGCAGAUGAUAGCACAAGGAGCAACGGUCUCAAGUUGCAGUGGGGGAGGUUUAGAUUGGAUAUUAGGAAACACUAUUUCACUAGGAGGGUGGUGAAGCACUGGAAUGGGUUACCUAGGGAGGUGGUGGAAUCUCCAUCCUUCGCGGUUUUUAAGGCCCAGCCUGACAAAGCCCUGGCUGGGAUGAUUUAGUUGGGGUUGGUCCUGCUUUGGGCAGGGGAUUGGACUAGAUGACCUCCUGAGGUCUCUUCCAACCCUAAUAUUUUAUGAUUCCCCCACCCCUCCUCGUGUUCACACACAAAACCCUCUCAGAUGCAUAUGGUGGUGCUUUCAAGCCAGGCAAGCUGGCCCUGCUGUGAGUGUAGUCUGAUGCCCUGGAGGGGGUGGGGGUGGGGGGCUGCUUUCACUGGGUUUGGCAACCCAUGCACUUUGCAGCAAGGAUGCAGGCUAACUCACCUGGAAACAGACAGUCCUCCAGUGCCUUCCCACAAUCCCCCACACACAUGCCUAGAAGGACCAGCAAGUUCUCCCAUAAUUCACUGGGAAAGAAUCAUAGAGCCAAUCAAUUCACUGCAGUGCUAAGAACCAUGGGAUGUGCCCCUAGCAGGUUAGCAGUGUGGACACAAUAAUGCAGGCAGGCUAGGAUAACCCAGGUGGUCAGACCUGGGUGUCAGUCACCUGGACUUAAUCUGCAAUGAAUACCCUAAGUGACUUUCCCAAAGUCACAGAGGAAGCCUGUGGCAGGGCAGGGCAUCAGAGCUAGGUCUUAUCACUGGGCCAUCUUCCUACUCCUAAGCCUAGUAGGGGGAGGAAGAUGGUAGUGUUAGAAUAGGUGGGUUGGCCCUCUUUACAAAUGGCUUGUCAAACCAGGAACUCAAUGCUGAUGUGAGUGAAUGCUCAUGUUUAGGCCAAACAUUAUAAAGCACAAAGUUAUGCAUCAUGGCUGUCUCCACUAGCACCAUGGCAGCGAGUGAAUUAAAAUGUGUUUGUCAGGUUCCAACAUCUAGAACUG